AUGGCCAUCAUGCUUCCAAGCCGUUUUGUGUUUGUAAAGUAUCAAUUUUGUGUUUUAAACGUGUAUUAUGCUGACAAAUGUACUGUGUACUGUUAGGCAGUAGAAAAACAUCUGAAGAGCUGUAGCUUUAGGAGGACUGUGGAUGUCUUAUCAGGCGCUCUGAAACAUUUAUGUGUAUUACAGGUUCUGUUUCUUCACAACAACCAGUUAAAAAACCUUGGCAAAACAGUGAAGGGAUUGAAAGGAAUGAUAAACUUGCAGACCCUGAACCUAUUCCAUAACUCACUGGCACAAGACCCAGGCUACUGGCUUUAUGUGAUACAUCUCCUUCCUUCAGUACAGCUCCUUGACAGGAAGUCAGUUACACAAAGAGAAAGGGAGUUGGCACUUCAUCUUUAUCACUACCAAAGGUCUGGUGUCAUGCAGUCCAUAGCUUUUGGGAAGAGAGUAGAUACACCCCUGGAGACUACAGCGGAAUCUAGCAGAUGCACUCAGCCAGCCAGAAGAGUGAUGAUGCCCUCAGGUUCUGAAUUUGGAAAUCAGAGAAAUAAAGAACCAUUUGAGAACCCUGAAGAUGCCGUUUUACUUCGGGCAAUGGCAAGAUCUGUAAUGGAAUUUUCCUAUGUUGACUGGAACAAUGUAGCCACCUCUCAAGAAAGACGGCUUGAAAACAAAGCAGCAGCAGAAGCCUGUAAGAAGCUGACAGUCCGAUUUAGAUGAGUGUUUGCUUCCUGAAGAAGAAAAAGUUAUGCCUUUCUCCAGAGUGGAGAUAAGCCCCUUAAGUAAGUUACUGUCUCUAUAAAACAAGUACAUUAAAACAUGCACCUAAUUAAAUGAACUUCCAGCAAAAGAA